UCGAUUAUGGAACCCUGCUUGGCGCCUAUCGCAUGGGAGACAUCUUGCCAUAUGAUCACGAUGCCGACAUUUCUUAUAUUUUGGAAACCGAGAAGCCGGAAGCUUUCCGUGAACUGCGUGAGCUUGGAAUGCAAGCCAAUGGUUUGGUUGCAGUAUUAGGGGAUGUGACUGUGGAUUUUAUGAGAUGGCAACCAGUGAACGUAUCAAGUUACAUUUCUGGCAAAACUGAAACAAUGCUACGCAAAUAUUAUCCUCCUUCAUCAAAGGACAAUCUCAUUCUGAAAUACCAUCAUACGUUGGAAACUUCUCCCAUGUCGUGGGUGGUACCAUUCAAAAAGUUCUAUUUCCAGGAAGUGAACGUCGCACUUCCCAACUCACCGGAUAAAUUACUGGCCUUUAGAUACCCGUAUACGUUCGGAACGCUUGGAUUACCGUUUCCUUAUAAGUGGAAAUGCUGGGUGCCCUGUUAUUUGAGAAAAAGCAAUGGCUGCUAAAGGUAUCGAAUGAAUUAAAACCGAAAAUGUGCACUGUGCUACUACGCUAGUUAAAUUGUCCAUCGCUCUGACGAAGGGCUAACGCUCGAAACGUCAGGUUUUAAACACUUUACGGUGACUAAUUUACGUUAUCAACUCAGUUAAUAAUACCAAAUUACCCUGUUAUACUCUCACACUGACGCAACACCACAGUUUCUUAGGAAACAUACACCUUUUAUUCAUACGCUUGAUAAAUACGACAACGCAAUAACGCCUAAAUGCGUAAAUGCAUCCGUUGGCAUACGCAAGAAAAGUGAAGCACUAUCCGGAAUGCAGUUGUCCACAAGGUUAGAGCGCACUGUCCUGAGCGUUGGGAAGGUAAUUACGUUGUUUAUUUUGGCGAAACAUUUUAAUUUCACUACGACUCUCCCCACGUAUUAGUAGCCUGCGUAGCGGAUGGUUUUUUGUGCUUCAUAGCGCACACAAAACCGCUGCUAACGCAGGCCCAAGGGGCGGCAAUAAUGAAUCCAAUCAGAGGGCUGCAGGAAGAAAACCAAAGUACGAAGAUGCAGAGAGGAUCAAGUGGAAUAUGAGAAUCCAUAUGUUAAUUUUUUUAGGGGUUUUAAGGAAAU